UUCUAUAAUCUUCAUUCUUCAGUUUUAUGAAGUGAAUGAAUCAAUGAAUAGUUUGAUUGUUUCGCGUUCGUGUAAUUUGUGAUGAUUCUAAUCGCUUUUAUAAUUUAGUACAAAUUAAUGUCCAAUGUAAGAAAAAAUCGUACUAUGCUUUUAACGAGGUAUAGAAAGAGUAAUUGAUUGUUUCCAAAGUUCUGUUUAUCAACACUAAACUGAAAAUGGAGGCCUCUAACAAUACUGACGCCGUCAACCUUGGCGUUGGUGAAGUAGAAGCAGAAAUUGGAGAAGAAUUAAAACAAUUAGAGGAAGGGAAAGAUUUUGAUACACGAAGUGAAGUGACUAGUUCAUCUUCAAGCGAGUCUAGUACACCGAGCAUUAGUUCAGUCAGCACUAAAUCCAAAGAGAGACGCGCAAAUCGUAAACGUACCAAGUCAGAAAGCCAUUCACCUGUACAAAAUAAACGACGAUGUCUUACAACCACUAACAGCAAGGUGAAGACUUAUGAUUAUAUGACGAAGUUGAAUUAUUUAUUCAGAGAUACCCGUUUCUUUUUGAUUAAGUCAAACAAUGCAGAAAAUAUAACAUUGUCAAAAGCGAAAGGAGUCUGGUCUACAUUACCACAGAAUGAAGCCAAUUUAAAUCAAGCUUAUAGAGAAUCCCGAAAUGUGCUAUUAAUAUUUUCAGUGAAGGAAAGUGGUAAAUUUGCUGGUUUCGCUCGUCUAGCGAGCGAGUCACGUCGAGAUGUUGCGCCUAUAUCAUGGGUACUGCCGCCUGGCCUGUCUGCUAAAGUUUUAGAUGGUGUCUUUAAAGUUGAUUGGAUUUGUCGAAAAGAAUUGCCUUUCAGUAGCACUCUUCACUUGUACAAUCCAUGGAAUGAAGGUAAACCUGUCAAAAUUGGUAGGGAUGGGCAAGAAAUUGAGCCUAAGGUUGCAGAAGAGUUGUGUAGGCUGUUUCCAGAAGAUGAAGGAAUUGAAAUGACUCCAAUUCUUAGAAAAUCAAAGGAAGCAUCUAAAAAGUCCUACCUAAAGAGUGGUGGCAACUACAGAACAUAUCGUGCCCCUUUGUCAUCAAGAGGAUCCAACUUUCGCAACCGUAUAAAUACAUCAUCAAGAAGUAGAAGAAAGAUGUUCAUGUCUCCAAGGAGUCGUAUUUCUUCAAGUUCAUAUAAACGUCGUUCUCCUUCACCGUAUAUGAGAGAACGAUUACCAAUAUGGUUUGGCCGGAACCGUGAAGGCUAUGGCAAUAGUAGUACUGCAGCUGAAGCAUAUGUGGCUGAAUAUAUGCGAUCAAUGCAUCAUCAGUUGCCACCAUUGCCUUAUGUACCACCACCUGGAUUUAGUGCAGCACUCCCAGCUUAUGAUGGAAUACCACCGCCACCUCCACCACCACCUCCGAGGUACUAUGACUUGGCAGAAUAUCCUCGUUCAGUGCUAGUGUAUGAUAAAAGGUCUUAUGAAAGAUCUGUAGAUGAGUUUCUGUGGCGUACUUCAGAUCGCUCACGUGCCCGUAGUCGUGAUCGUGAUUCGCACAGAUCCUACCGUGACCGACGAUAAAACUAUCAACCCCCAAUGUAUUGAUAUGAUAUCUGAUAAUUGAUAAUUGAUAAUAAAAAAAAUUGUGAUUGAA